GAGGGAGGGAGGAAGGAAGGAAGGAAAGAGUUACAGUGAGAGAGAAGGAGAAGCCAAGAGAGAUCAUUUGCCCACUAGCCACUCUCCAGUGGUCACAGCCAGUGCUGGGGCCAGGUUUCCUGCUUUCCCCAGGCCAUUCGCAGGGAGCUGGAUCGAAGUGGAGCAGCCGGGACACGAGGCAGCUCCCAUAUGGGAUGCCAGCUACGCCACAGUGCCACCCCUUUUUUAUUUUUGGAAAGAAAAUUUGUACGAAGAAAUGUCUGAAGAACCCACGCAAAACUUAGUCUUUCACUCUGAAUAUAGAAUUACAAUUGAGAAUUUGUUAUUGUUUUCCACUUUUUAAAAUUCACAUGGGAACAUGUAGUUUAUAAUUAGUAAAUAGAAAAAGGAAAAACCCCUUCUAGGGAAGACCUUGGCACGUGCUUUACCUGUAGGAGGGUUAGUGAGGCAGACCUGGGCACUGGGGGUGUUGUUAUCAAGCACAUUGUGUUAAAGGGAUAUUGGGAAGUUGCCAGAAAAUCUGUGGACAUACAUUGUGAGCUGGGCCUUAAUAUAGUAGGUAUUUAAUUUUUCUCUUUUUUUUUCUUUUUGCUAACCAAAAACGGUAAUUGAAAUAAUAAAGUGGAAAUGUUUUGGAUUUUUUUUUUUAAAUAAACAUGGUGUUGGAGUGGAUGUUGUGGUACAGUGGGUGAAGGCUCUGCUUGGGACUCCUGCAUUCCUCGUUGGAGAGCCUGCUGCCGGUCCUGACUCCUCCGCUUCCCAUGCAGCUUCCUGCCAGUGCUUACCUUGAUUGGCAGCAGAUGUUGGCUCAAACACGUAACCGUUCAACACCUGCCUCUCAGGCAGCCUCCCUACCUGGCUCGGGGCAAGUGGUGUGCUUCAGACCCCUGGCCCUGGCUCUCUGGAGCCUGGAGUUUGGUAGGAAGAGACACCUGAGAAAUGAAGCUGCCUGCCUUCCGCGCCCACUCCCCGCUCCUGAAAAGCCGCCGGUUCUUUGUGGACAUCCUGACCCUGCUGAGCAGCCACUGCCAGCUCUGUCCUGCAGCCCGGCACCUGGCUGUCUACCUGCUGGACCACUUCAUGGACCGCUACAACAUCGCCACCUCCAAGCAGCUGUACACCGUGGCCAUCUCCUGCCUCCUGCUGGCAAGUAAGUUUGAGGACAGGGAAGACCGCGUGCCCAAGCUGGAGCAGAUUAACAGUGCGAGGAUCCUGAGCAGCCAGAGCUUCACCCUCACCAAGAAGGAGCUGCUGAGCACAGAGCUGCUGCUCCUGGAGGCCUUCGGCUGGAACCUCUGCCUGCCCACGCCCGCCCACUUCCUGGACUACUACCUGCUGGCUUCCGUCAGCCAGAAGGACCACCACUGCCACACCUGGCCCACCACCUGUCCCCGCAAGACCAAAGAGUGCCUCAAGGAGUACGCGCAUUACUUCCUCGAGGUCACCCUGCAAGAUCACGUCUUCUACAAAUUCCAGCCUUCUGUGGUCGCUGCAGCUUGCAUUGGGGCCUCCAGGAUUUGCCUGCAGCUUUCUCCCUACUGGACCAGAGAUCUGCAGAGGAUCUCCAACUACUCCCUGGAGCAUCUCAGCACGUGCAUUGAAAUCCUGCUGGUAGCCUAUGACAAUGUCCUCAAGGAUGCCGUCGCAGUCAAGAGCCAGGCCUUGGCGAUGGUGCCUGGCACGCCCUCAGCCCCCACCCAAGUGCUGUUCCAGACCCCUGCCUACCCCACCCUCGGCCAGCCAACAACCACCCUGGCCCAGUUCCAGGCCCCCGUGCAGGACCUGUGCUUGGCCUAUCGGGACUCACUGCAGGCCCACCGUGCCGGAAGCCUGCUCUCCGGGGGCAGCGCCUCGUCCCUUCAUGCCCCCUACUCCGCCCUGCAGCCCCUGGAUGUGUGUCCCGUGCCCGUCCCUGCGUCCCUGAGCAUGCAGAUGGCCAUUACAGCCGAGCCCAGGCACUGCCUCACCACCGCCUAUGGAAGCAGCUACUUCAGCGGGAGCCACGUGUUCCCCGCCGGCUGUUUUGACAGAUAAAGCCGCCUUGGGGCCACAUGGGUAAACCUUGGAGACCCAAGUAGAGGGAAAGGACGCUGAGCCACACAAGGCAACUGGGAGGCCAUCUCCCCCAGACCCCCAUGGCCUUGAAACAGAGGGAUCCAUGCUCUUUCCAAUUAAAACUAACCCCAAGCCAAACAUUUCAUGACAUACCUCACCCGAGAGCCUUCCUCUGAGAAACAUCUUCCACGUGUGGCUGGGAUGCACGGCCGGGGCCCAGUGAAUCCAGAAAGGCUUGGGAAGAGGCCAGGAGCCUGGGAGCUGGGCGCAGGCGCGUCCUGUUCAUAGCAGCAAAGACUUCUUUCCUCUUUGCCAAUGGCAGCUACACCACUGACAAGGCAGGAGCGACCUACCCUGUCCCCGGGGCCCAUGGAAGAUGCGGUCUCGGGUGCUUUUCUUCCCAGAGCUCCAUCCACAGGGGCGUACCGUUGCACCUGAGCCUCUGCCUUGCAAGGCACAGUGGGUAAUCCUCUUGUGUUUGUCGUCGAACCAACCUUUUCAGGCCUUUAGCUGUUUCUCGUGCUGCUGCUGUGUCCCAAAGUGAUCUAACCUUCUGUUCAGUAAGAUGUCUGUUUACAAGCUACAUCAGGGACUGUGUGAUACUUGAAAAAUUCCUUAGGAGGAAAAACCAACUUCACUGCAACGUUGCCUGUCCCACGUGACAAGCUGUUAAGUUUUAACCCAACGUGUGGCGGGCCUGUGGCUGACAACAGAACAACCUUUACAAAGACAUACAAUCAGGAGAACUGCUUUCCAGGGUCUCCAUUCCGGAAGAUUUCACAUCGUGGAUGCUGUGUGCACCUGUCGAACUUUGAUCACUGCAGGGGUGUGGGGGGGAGGGGGCGGUCAUUGAAGGGAAGAGAAGGCUUUGAAACCAACUGUCCCCACCUCCCUCCACCUCAUGCUCACGGUGCAUGAGGUCAAACCCCAGCUUGGCCUUGAAUUUUGUCGGUGGCAAAAGCUAAUGGGAAUAUGUGCUUUGUGGCACUGGGAUGUGGGGAAUGGGGCCGGACAUGGGCCAAUGAGCCCAGCAUCAACUGGCCGUGAUUGGCUGGAUGGAAAGCCAGUAUUUGGGGCUGUGCAGCGAGGGGGAUCUCAGGAACACUGUCGUAACCAUGUGCAAUAUGUUUUUGUUCUGACUCAAGGCUGGUGCUCCUCAUGAGGGGAAUGCCUCGGACCUAGGAGGGGCCAAGGACCACGGAAGCAGUUUUUGUUCGUUCUUUUGUGCGAAUGCGGCUUGGUUUUCCGGACUCAGUUGCCGGGCUGGGGCGCCGUUGCAGGGACCGCCAGGAAGGCAGCUGCGCACUGCUGAGCUGGAUCCGACGGUGGUCAGGCUUCCCAGAGCAAAGGCUGGGUCUCGACGUGAGGACGGAGGGACGAGAGGCUGGGCGAGGAGGGGGUGCCGCUGCUUUGUCAGACUAGCAUAGGAAACCGCACGCUCGUUUGUUGCUGUUCUUUGUUCUCGGCCUGCCUCCUAUUUAUGUGUGACCGGAUUGGAUUUCAGGUUGUUGUGUCUGUGUUCUGGGGUUGGGGGCCCUAGUAGAGCUUUACAGCCAGCCCAACCCCCGGAAAAGGGCGCCUGCAAUAAACGCACCACCUGCUCUCCGUC